AUGAAAGUAAAGAUUGUCCUGGCGGCUGCCAUGUGGCAGAACCCGCACGUUCUGAUCCUUGACGAGCCUACCAACUACCUGGACCGCGAUGGCCUGGGUGCCCUGGUCCUGGCCAUCAAGGACUACAAGGGCGGUGUGCUGAUCAUCUCCCACAACAAGGACGGGCAGGGUCGCCUUCGCAUUGAGGGCGAGUCCGUCGAUAACUCCAAGGAUGACGACAACGCCAACAAAGGCCCCGAUGAGGUGUUUGACGGUGCGGGCAACAAGAUCGAGGUCAAGAAGAGCGUG